AUGGCUGCCAGCUUCUUCAACUUAUCUGCUCUCUUCUAUAGUACUUUCAUUGUGUCAUGCAUCAUUAAUCUUUCAGUUAAUGUCGAGGCCAGCAAUGGUGGUGGUGGCUUCACUGUUGACCUCAUACACCGUGACUCUCCUCUCUCUCCAUUCUACAACCCAUCAAACACCCAUUCCGACCGUCUUCGCAAUGCUUUUCAUCGCUCAACUCUUCGUGCCGCCCAUUUCAAGCCCACCUCUACCUCUACCCCUGGAGACUCAAUCCAAUCACAAAUGAUACCUUCCGCUGGUGAGUACCUCAUGAGAUUGUCCAUUGGAACCCCACCUGUUAGCAUACUUGGCAUCGCCGAUACAGGAAGUGACCUUACAUGGGCACAAUGCGAACCUUGUAUUAGUUGUUACAAGCAAAAAGCUCCCAUCUUCAAUUCCACGCAUUCUUCCACUUACGAAGCCUUCCCCUGCGAUUCUAAAACAUGCCAAUCCUUUAGCAAGCCAAGUUGUAGCCACAACGUAUGUCAGUAUAGUUUGUCAUAUGCGGAUGGAUCCUUGAGCACUGGUGAUUAUGCUGUUGAAACAUUCACUUUUGGUUCCACUUCUGGACACCCAGUCUCUGUUCCAAAGGUAAUUUUUGGGUGUGGACAUGACAAUGAGGGCAACUUCAAUGAAUCUUACUCUGGGAUAAUAGGCCUAGGAUGGGGGAAACUGUCACUAGUGAGCCAAUUGGGUGAGGACAUCAAUGGAAAGUUCUCUUAUUGUUUAGUGCCAUUCAAUUCAAGUUCUAGUGUCACAGGCAAGAUAAAUUUUGGUUCUAAUGCCAUAGUUUCAGGGUCCGGGGUGGUCUCAACUCCCUUGGUCUCUAAAGCACCUGAAACCUAUUACUAUCUUACCCUAGAGGGUAUCACAGCUGGUAACAAGACCUUGCCAUACAAGUCUUGGUCCAAAUCCAAAGCCGGUGUCCAUGAGGGUAACAUCAUUAUCGACUCAGGGACAACUCUAACACUUCUUCCCAGGGAUUUCUACGACAGAUUAGAGUCGGCUUUGGUUGCUGCAAUCAGAGCUAAAAGGGCCCAAGACCCACAAGGGAUAUUCAGUCUCUGUUAUGCAACUCAGGGCCGUGAUUUCGAUGUGCCCACUGUGACAUUUCACUUCGCUGGUGCUGAUUUGGAUUUGCCGGCGUCAAGUACAUUCGUGUCGAGCACAUCCGUGUCAUUUGUCAACGGGCAAGAUGAUUUGGUGUGCUUAACCAUUAUCCCUACUGAUGACGUAGCCAUUUUUGGAAACUUGGCUCAAACGAACUACUUGGUUGGGUAUGAUCUUGUGAACAAGAAGCUUUCUUUCAAGCCAACUGAUUGCACCAAGGUUUAA